UAAAAGUGCAUAAUAUAAAAUAUUUUGAAACCUUUUUCAAAUAACAUAUAAUUACGCAAAAACAAUACUGGCUGUUUUUUUAAUUGCUCGAAAUUUCCUGUGAAGUUAUGUCGCCAAUAAUGGCAAAGAUUUUAUUCUCUUUUGUUUUAAUAGCGAAUGUUAAAAGCUACAAAAUUUUAAUGGUUUUUAAUGGAGUAGCACCGAGCCAUUUUUUUCUAGGAAAUUCCUUAGGGAGGGCAUUAGCCAAGAACGGGCAUGAGGUCACUAUGGUGAGCCCUUUCGAAGAUAAAGACAAGCCUACUGGUUAUAAAGAAGUUGUGCUUACUGAUUUUUUAGCAGGAAGCGAGGAAAUAGCUGAGCUUGCUGAUAUUUUUAAAUUUGAAAGUAUGAAUCUAUUUUCACAAGUAUUGUUUUUUAACAAAUUCUUGACUGAAUGCACAAAGGCCACAUUGAACCAUCCGAAUUUUCAAAAACUUCUGGAAUCAAAUGAAAGCUUUGACGUUGUAAUUAUCGAACAAUUUAAACAGGAAGGUUUGCAUGUACUGCAAUGCCACUAUAAAGCUCCACUGAUAUUAGUAAACACGUUGGGAUCAAGCGUGUGGAUCAACCCGUAUGUUGGAAAUCCGGCUCCCCCGUCAUAUGUUCCAUAUUUUUUCACCCAUUUCUCAGAAAAGAUGGAUUUCUGGGAAAGGGGGUUUAAUUCGAUGUUAGUACUAUUUGAACAAGUUCUCUUGCAUUUUUCAAUACAUCCAAAUCAACAUGCAAUAGCCAUCUCAAAGUUUCCUCAUUGUGCAAAUGAAAAGUUUUCGAACAAUAUAUCUCUAUUAUUUUUAAACGCUCACGAAAGCAUAACACAGCCAGUUCCUUUAGUACCAAAUAUGAUCAACAUUGGUGGAUAUCACAUCGAUGCCCUCAAAGAAUUACCAAAAGAUUUAAAAGACUUGCUAGAUGGUGCCGAGGAAGGUGUAAUCUACUUUAAUUUGGGUUCUAAUGUUAAAAGUUCUUUGAUUAAACCAGAUAUAAAGGAGGCAAUUGUAAACUGCUUGGGUAAACUGCCAUACAAGAUACUGUGGAAAUAUGAGGACGAAAGUUUUGAACCACCGAAAAAUGUCGAAAUACGGAAAUGGUUCCCUCAACAAGAUAUUUUAGCUCAUCCAAAUGUUAAACUCUUUAUUACACAUGGAGGUCUUCUUAGUUUGACGGAAUCUAUACAUUACGGAGUGCCUGUUCUAGUAUUACCAGUAUUUGGAGACCAAAAGAUGAAUGCCGCUAGAGUAGAGAAUGAAGGUUAUGGAAUUAAAAUACCAUUUUCACAGAUAAAUGAAGAACGAUUUACGAAUGCUUUAAAUAAAUUAUUAAAUGAUAACAAGUAUUUGGAAACAGCACGAAAAAUAUCAGAUUUAUUUCAUGAUCGCCCGAUCAAACCAAUGGAUUUGGCUAUUUACUGGACAGAGUAUAUUGCAAAACACAAACGAGCUCCUCACUUACGGGUAGCAGGACUAGAUUUGAGCUGGUACCAGUAUUUUCUACUAGAUGUCAUUGCAUUUAUAGUUAUUGUAGUUGUUAUUGUGUUUACAACUAUCUAUGUUUUGUGCAGAAAAUUUGGUUUUUGGAAAAAGAUCAAAAAAACCAAAAAUGAUUAAAAAUAAUGUUAAAAUUUUUAUAAAUAAUUAAUUUUAUAUACAGGGUGAGUCAUGAGGAACAGUACAUACUCCUACCUCGUAUAGAGGCAUAGAGGCCCCUAUGGGGAAUUAACAAUAACAAUAACAAAUGACCAUUAAAAAGUGUCUGCCCACAUUGUUUAAUAAUAUACAGGGCGAGUUUCGCCUUUUUACCGAAAUUUAUAUUCGUCAUAAUUUUUGAACGGUCAGAUCGAUGUGUCUCUUAUUUUGAUCAAUCGUUACACUAUUACCACCCAAUCAACUGAUUUAUUCAAACUAGAAAAAAAUCAGGUCCGGCUUUAAAAAAUUAGUUCGUUUGGGUCUUACAAAAAAUUUCACCCUGUAUACGCUUUUUGAAAACUCUAUUAUUAAUUUUACAAAUUAGACAAAUAGGCAAUUAAAAUGACAUAUUUAUUUUUUCCCCACACGAUUACUUAAUUUUUUAUAAAAAAAUCAAAUUUGACUAUGAAUUAAAAAUUUGGUAAAGUUUAUGUAAUUUGAUUUCAUGUAAUCGAAUGAACUAUCUUUCAGUAAAGUUGUCCCAGGAACGCCACUCAUAAAUAUUGGCAACAUCAUUUUAAAGUCUUCUACUUUAAAAUGUAUCAUAUAUAUAAUAUAUGAAUUGCCGAUAUAAAUUAGUCAAAUUAAAUAAAUUAUUAGAAGAAUUUUUUUACUAAGCAACAACAUUUUUGUUUGUUAGUAUUAUUUUGUAUUUUGACAACGGCACCAGAUUUGGGAGUCGAAACGUUAAUAAAAAUCAUUUUUUAAUAAUCUUGUGGCUUAUUUCCCAUUAUAAAUAGUUAAAAUUAAUUUUUAUUACAAAAAUUAAUUUUUUUAAACAAAUAUUUGAUUUAUGUUACCACCCAAUCAACUGAUUUAUUCAAACUAAAAAAAAUCAGGCCCGGCUUUAAAAAAUUAGUUCGUUUGGGUCUUAGAAAAAAUUUCACCCUGUAUACGCUUUUUGAAAACUCUAAUAUGAAUUUUACAAAUUAGACAAGUAGGCAAUUAAAAUGGCAUAUUUAUUUUUCCCCACACGAUUACUUAAUUUUUUAUUAAAAAAUCAAAUUUGUCAAAAUCGCAAUUUUACCAUAAAAAUAAAAAAAAAUUAAACAAUGUCUUUCUUAAAAUUAAAAGUUUCACCAUUUUUUUUUUUUUCUAUAACACGUCUAGAUCCCAAAACUCCCCAUAACACUUCUCUUUGGACUAUAUAGUUUAACAGACGUGAUCAAAUAGAUAAAUUUUAAAUUUUUUCACUUAAUUUUUGCUAUUUAACUUUGCAAUUCACGAAGCUGCACCUUUUAUUUUAAAAAUUCAUAACUUUUACGAGAAGAAGACUGAAAGUCUACAACAAUAAUUGUCAUAGUCUUCACAACGGUAAGAGAUAUGUGGUCUAAAAAUUUCAGAAAAAUUUUUUUAAAUGGAACGUUGGAGGGAGUUAAACCCUGAUUUCAUUUUUUUUUCAUUUUUAAGUUAAAAUUCCGAUUUUGACAAAUUUGAUUUUUUAAUAAAAAAAAUUAAGUAAUCGUGUGGGGAAAAAAUAAAUAUGCCAUUUUAAUUGCCUAUUUGUCUAAUUUGUAAAAUUCAUAUUAGAGUUUUCAAAAAGCGUUACAGGGUGAAAUUUUUUCUAAGACCAAAACGAAAUAAUUUUUUAAAUCCGGGCCCGAUUGUUUUCUAGUUUGAAUAAAUCAGUUGAUUGAAUGGUAACAUAAAUUAAAUAUUUGUUAAAAAAAGUUAAUUUUUGUAAUAACAGUAAUUUUUUUUAAAUCUAUGGUUCACUUUACCAAACUUUUAAUUAUUAUUCAUAGUCAAAUUUGAUUUUUUUAUAAAAAAUUAUGUAAUUAUGUGGGGAAAAAAUAAAUAUGCCAUUUUCAUUGCCUAUUUGUCUAAUUUGUAAAAUUCAUAUUAGAGUUUUCAAAAAGCUUAUACAGGGUGAAAUUUUUUCUACGACCCAAACGAACUAAUUUUUUAAAGCCGGACUUGAUUUUUUUCUAGUUUGAAUAAAUCAGUUGAUUGGGUGGUAACAUAAAUUAAAUAUUUGUUACAAAAGUUAAUUUUUGUAAUAAAAGUUUAAUUUUUUUAAAUCUGUGGUUUACUUUACCAAACUUUUAAUUCAUAGUCAAAUUUGAUUUUUUUAUUAAAAAUUAAGUAAUGGUAUGGGGAAAAAAUAAAUAUGCCAUUUUAAUUGCCUAUUUGUCUAAUUUGUAAAAUUCAUAUUAUAUUAGAGUUUUCAAAAAGCGUAUACAGGGUGAAAUUUUUUCUAAGACCCAAACGAACUAAUUUUUUAAAGCCGGACCUGAUUUUUUUCUAGUUUAAAUAAAUCAGUCGAUUAGGUGGUAAUAGCGUAACGAUUGAUAAAAAUAAGAGACUCAUCGAUCUGACCGUUCAAAAAUUAUGACGAAUAUAAAUUUCUGUCAACAUUCGAAACUCGCCCUGUAUAUUAUUAAACAAUGCGAGCAGACACUUUUUAAUGGUCAUUUGUUAUUCCCCAUAGGGGCCUCUAUACGAGGUAGGAGUAUGUACAGUUCCUCAUGACUCACCCUGUAUAAUAACAGAGGUACGGGGUAAUGGCAUAUCUUGCAAGCUUAGUUAUAGGAACACCGAUAUGGAAUGAAAGAUAAUUUAAAUACAAGUUACAAAGUAGUAAAAAAACUGAAGUUGGUCUGUAUCACUCGCUGGGCGAACUGUCCCUUUUUUCGAGCAGGGAAAUCUGUGUUCCCUUAAAGUAAAUCUUUUACCGUCGACCUAGUGUCACUUCAAUUUUACAAUUUAGUAUUAUGUAUAAACAUAUAUGUUACUUAAAGGUUUUGUUAACCAAAAUGUGGACUAGUCUCAACUACAAAUAGAAUGUUUCACUGAUGAGGGUCUGAUUGGACCGAAAACGUUCUGAACAAUUGUAAUCCAUUUGGAUGAAUUUAAAAUUUUUAAAUAAAUUAUUUAUCGUAUCCGAAGUUUUUUAUUUCUUUGUAAGAUUUGUUAAACUGUGGUGUACAGCGAACUACUGGAAUUUUCCCUUUUAACCGGUAUUUCAACAGCUACUUAUGCUUUUGCUUAGCUAAGCCUGUGUCAAAAGUUAAGGAGAACCUUAAGCUGGGUGCUGUAUUUUCAUCAUUUCCUUAACUAAACUGGUCCUCAACUGUCAAGUUAAUUGGUUUCGUACCUCUGAAUACGUCAAAAUGCCAGAACUAACUUUAAAGAUAUAAAUAACUGUUUUUACUCUGAGGUAAAAACCACUACUGUUGACAUUUAAUUUUAUCUUGUCAUCUGUAUCUGUCUCAAUUUUACUUCACUUAAUUUUGUG